AGGAAACUAACUUUUUCUAAAUAGGUUGGAUUGUCCCUGCUAGUGCCAAUGUAUCGAUCACCAGUUGUGGUCUUUCUAAAAGUAGAGCCACUCUAAGCCAUAAAAGGUCAUGUGCAUGAAACUGAUAAUUUUGCUCUCAAAAGAUAAGUAAGCCUAAAUGAUCGACUCGCUAGUUUAUUUUGUAAGCAGCCGCUUACCUGUUUUCUAUUCGAUGUGAUUCAUACAGUUCAUAUGAUUCUGACCUACUUACUGUUUCCAUAUUACUGUAGUCGUGUUUGUGCUGACAACAAAGAUAUGAAACACUUUGGAAAGUAUUGUCUUUCCAUCCAUUACAAUGCAUCUAACUACAAAUGUAUCCAACUACUAAACAGAAGUAUAAAAAUUACUCCUAAAGCAUUUAUGGAAACUGAUUACUGUUAAAACAUUCCAGGUUUAGAUCAUGAAUGUUUUAGGAUAAAGAAGUCUAUUGACUCCAAUUACUUUGGAACAGGAUCAAUUUUACCACAUUUUCAAUGAAUGUAAUAUCGCAUCACCAUCCUUUGUCACAGGGGUUUUCAACCUUUUCUGACAUGCACGUUUGGGCUGGUGGUCAAAUGAAUGGAGGUGUCAGAUGAUCCAUGCUAGAACAGAGAUCGAGGAGAGGAAGAGGAGGUGGUCAAAGGAAUGGCAGACGACAAGUACUCCUUCAGAGAGGCGGGGAAUACAAUGCAGUACUUCAAUUGAUCAUCUCCACACAAGGAUCACCGCGCUGGAAUCGGCGUCUUCGGUCGCAGAUAUGGGACAGGCAUUCAGGCUCUGUUUAACCCUAUGAAAUAAUCAGUCAUCCAGUCGGGCGGGAACAGCCACACUUGAGGAUGGCAACGAAAUGUUGGGCACCUGGCACUCAAUGUAUUGCCAAGAAUGACCACAGCAAGCCCAAAGCUGAUGAGCUGGCCUACCGGAAAGGAGACAUUCUCACCAUUGUGGAGAUUGGGAUGGACAAGGGCGUUUACAAGGCCACGCACAACAAGACCGGGGUGCAGGGCCUGAUCUCCGCUUGCAACGUCCGAGAGCGAGAGGCCAUUCGCAUUGACCCGAGCCUCAGUCUCAUGCCCUGGUUUCAUGGGAAAAUCUCGGGGCCAGAGGCGGUGAACCAGCUGAGGCCAAUGGAGGACGGGCUGUUCCUGGUGCGUGAGUCCAUCAGGCAUCCGGGCGACUACGUGCUCUGCGUCAGCUUCGCCCAGGAGGUUAUCCACUACCGCGUCAUCUACCGCAACAACAAGCUGACCAUCGACAACAAGCAGUUCUUCUACAACCUCAUUGACAUGAUCGAGUUCUACACAAAGAACCAGGGAGCCAUCGCUACGACACUGCAGAAGCCCAAGCAGAAAGUGGGCGCUAAGUCGGCUGAGGCGGAGCUGGCGAAGGCCGGAUGGCUCCUGGACAUGCAGAAGCUGACCUUGGGAGAGAGCAUCGGAGAAGGCGAGUUCGGAGCGGUGUAUGAGGGAGUGUACAUGGGACAGACGGUGGCCGUCAAGAACAUCAAGUGUGAUGUCACAGCCCAGGCCUUCUUGGAGGAGACCACAGUCAUGACGAAACUUCAGCACCCAAACUUGGUGCGGUUGCUCGGGGUGAUCCUGGACAACGGGCUGUGCAUCGUCACAGAGCUCAUGGCGAAGGGGAACCUGGUGAACUUCCUCCGUACGAAAGGACGCUCCGUGAUUGGCCCGACACAGCUGCUCCGCUUUGCUCUUGCGCGUCAUCCGAGUGCAGAGAAACGGACUACGUUCUGCGUGUGUUGGGGUCCUCAGAGACGUCUGUGCAGGGAUGGAGUACCUGGAGUCCAAGAGGCUGGUGCACAGGGACCUGGCCGCCCGGAACGUGCUGCUGUCCAGCGACUGCGUGGCGAAGAUCAGCGACUUCGGGCUGGCCAAACGGGACACCCAGACGGCCGACAACGCCAAGCUGCCCAUCAAGUGGACGGCCCCCGAGGCGCUGAGGAAAGGGAAAUUCUCCACCCGCUCAGACGUCUGGAGCUACGGGGUCCUCUUAUGGGAGACGUUCUCCUACGGCAGACAGCCCUACCCAAAGAUGACCCUGAAGGAGGUGAAGGAGAUGGUGGAGCAGGGCUUUCGCAUGGAGGCCCCGGAGGACUGCCCCCCCGCGGCCUACGCCCUCAUGACCGCUUGCUGGGAGUACGAGCCCAGGAAGAGGCCGUCUUUCCGAAAACUGCGGGACAAGCUGAGGAGGGAGCUGCCCGACGGUGACUCUGGGACAGGCUCCUGAGACUGGCGAGGGCGGGGGGGGGGGGGGAUUAACUGACGGUUCUCAUCCCCCCGUAUAUCGACUGGACCUGCUGAAGGUGUCCUGGCGAACCCCUCUGAGAUGCCUCCACGUGGGAAGAGUCUCGAUUUUCCCGAAGGACAUGUGACAACCCGUGCCAUUCGCCUCGUUGUUUACCCAAAUAUUUAUAUAUUUAUGCGGUGUACAGAGAGGGAUGGGGGGGUGUGUGAAAUGGAGUGGGGACAGUGACCACCGGGGGCAGCACUGAGAACCGAAGAAGGUCAGAUAGAUCCAUGCCAACUGCUCCAGCAAUAUGUAUGCUCCAAAGUUCUCCAAAAGGCAACCACUGUACAUACACGCUGUAUUAUAAAUAUCUAUAUUCCAUACAUUGACGAAAAGGCUAUUGUAAUUAAAGCAUUUUUUAAAUUU